GUAUGUUGCUUUACACCCCCUUUUCCUGUUUCACGUACGAUAAGAACUAGUAUAUUGCGCUUCACUAUGCGUCGCUAUCUGGGUGCUGUGCAGCUGACCGUCAACCGGCGCACAACGGUUGUGAGGUUUAAGCCGCGGCUUUUCUCACAGCGGCAGGUUACGGUUGUUCUGUCCCCAGAGCUCUUGCAGAAACGUUCCUACUACACCAACAACGGGACGUACCCACCACCACCUCCGCCUCCGCAGUCGUAUUACCAACAGCCGCAAUGGACUCCGUACAACGGAGGCUAUCAGGCACCACCGCCGCCGCUGCAUCAAGGCGGCGGCAUGCCAUACGGACAACCGGAAACGCCCUUCCUCGGCGAUUUAGGAACCAAGGAGCGACCUGUGGUCGUGGUGUCUGCUCCGCAGAAGGCAUCGUGGGCCACCCGUUUUUGGAUGUUUCUGCUUUUAGGAAUUGGAGUGAGCUGCUUCCUUAGCCUCAUCGAUGAAUUCAGCGGCCGUUUUCAGGAAGGCGCACCUGCGGCCAAGACGGGCUUUUCGCGGGGAGGGCUUUCCGGCAUGUUUGGGGUCGCGGAGGUGAAGCCGGUUGAUCUCAACAACUUGGAAGUGACGUUUGACAGCAUCCGCGGCUGCGAUGAGGCCAAGAAGGAGCUAGAAGAGAUCGUGGAGUUUCUGAAGGACCCCGAGAAGUUUCACAAUUUGGGCGGACGACUGCCGAAGGGAGCGUUGCUUGCCGGUCCGCCAGGAUGUGGAAAGACGAUGCUUGCCAAAGCCAUCGCCAAGGAAGCUGGAGUGAGCUUUUUCUACGCUACUGGCAGUGAGUUCGAUGAAAUGUUUGUUGGUGUCGGUGCGCGUCGAGUGCGUGAUCUGUUUGCCGCGGCAAAGGCAAACUCACCCGCUCUCAUUUUCAUCGACGAAAUCGAUGCACUGGGCGGACGACGCUCGCGCACCGACCAGGGAACGUCACGUAUGACGCUGAACCAGCUUCUGGCAGAAAUGGACGGCUUCGACUCGGACGAGACAGUGAUUGUGCUGGCCGCGACCAACACCCCUGAAUCUCUGGACAAGGCCCUCAUGCGCCCGGGACGUUUGGAUACCACCAUCACCGUUGAUCCACCCGAUAUGAAGGGACGCGCUGAGGUCCUGCAGAUCUAUCUCGACAAGAUUAAGGCAGACAACACUGUGAACGCGAUGGAUAUCGCGCGUGGCACUACCGGCUUUACAGGCGCUGAGCUCAGUAACUUGGUUAACCUCGCUGCCAUUCGUGCGGCGGUGCUCAACAAGCUGAAGGUGACGUCGGAAGAGAUCGAGUACGCGAAGGAUCGCGUCAUGAUGGGUGCCGAGAGCAAGAAGAUUAUUCCAGAGGAGGAGCGCCGGGUAACCGCGUUUCACGAAGGCGGGCACGCGCUCAGCGCGAUCUUGCUCAAGGACGACGGGGCGGAUCCGGUUCACAAGGCCACAAUCGUUCCUCGCGGAAAUGGAAUCAUGGGACUCGUGCAGCAGCAACCGGAGAAGGACAAGUACAGCCAGAGCAAGCGCCAGUGUCUGGCUCGCCUAAAGGUGUGCUUAGCUGGCCGCGUUGGCGAGGAGCUGCUCCUCGGCCCCGAGGACAUCACCACCGGUGCCGGGUCUGACUUCCAGCAGGCGACGAACAUGGCACGCCACAUGGUCCGUCAGUUUGGCUUCAGCGACACCUUGGGAUUUGUGGACUACGGCACGGCCGAUUCCGCUGAGGGCGCGUACAUGUCCGACGAGACCAAACUCAAGAUCGAAAAGGAGGUCCACCGCCUUGUCGAACAGGCCUACGUUGAGACCAAGGAAAUGCUCCUCAAACACCGACCUGAGUUGGAGAAGAUUGCGGAAAAUCUGCUGAAGUACGAAACGCUCACUGGCAACGAUCUCGAAAAAAUUCUGCACGGUGAAACCCUUCCAGAGCGCCCGCCGCGCUUCUCUGCUGCCAGCGACAAUAAGCUUAGCUUUCCGUCGCGUGGCGGAAACAUCGAUACGAAGGAUGGUCACCGAACGGUACCCAUCUCAUGA